GACCCGUACAAAUUCAUGCGUUACGAGGACUUGAGAUGCUAUGUGCACGAUCGGCAUGCUUUAAAUGUGGGCCAUGCAGACCAAAGUGGAUGAAAAUGGUUGAUAAUCUUUAUUCUGGGAAUCUUCAGGACACUAAUAAUCAUAAUAAGCUUAUCCACUAUUGCCUACAUCAACCAGAUAAACUGGAUCGGAUUGCUAGAUACCUACAUUUAAGGUUGGCUCAAGAUCUUAAUCGACGUUAUGACCAGAACAUAACAAUAUCUGUCAAAGCUAUCGACAAGUUGAUACAAGUUUGUCAUGGACACAGGCUGGUUCUAGCCUUUAGCUUUCUAAAGAUGAUACAACUCCUGUUAGAGACGAACAGAACAGACCUCCAAAUAAUGGCAUCUAAGUCAUUCGUGGAGUUUUCCAAAAUUGAUGAUGAUGCUCCUAACUAUCACAAAGAAUGCAACGAGAUUUUAGAUCACUUCGCUUCCAUGGCGCACUCAUCACUUAGCAACCUUAAAGAACGCAAUGCAGUCAGAAUGGCAGGUAUACAUGGAAUCCAAGGAGUAGUUAGAAAAAUGGUUAGUGAUCAACUGCUGUUGGAGGUCCAUGAAUCAAAUAUGGAUAAAAUUAUCCCCCCACUUCUGUUUAAUAUGUGCGAAAAGCCUGAAAUGGAUUCCGAUUCAGUUGAAUCACAGUGUGAUCCUUCACAAGAAGCUGUGUAUGUCUUUGAAGAUAUUGUCCGUCAAGCUUCCUACACAAAUAUCAAACCGGUAGUGACUUCAAUAUUGACACAUUUGGAUAAUCAUCAAUUGUGGGAUCCAUGUGACUUUCCUCUACUUAUUUUUCAAUAUUUCUUAGACUCACUUAAGACGACACAAGUUGCCCAUAGUUUAGUCAAACAAUUGGUUGCUCACCUUAGUUCCCACGAAUCAGAUUUCACAUUAGCUGAGCGUACAAGCUUAGUUCAGGUUAUAGGAUUGACUGUAAUCAAUUUGGCAAAAGGUGCAAUUGGACCGGAUGUAUUUCACAAUUUUAAAUCCUUACUUCAAAUUUUAAAGGCUAGUAUUGAUAAAACUCCACAAAUAUCUGACCAUCCCGAACAAUCCUCCUCAUUCAAUGAUUCUAGUCGUAAAUUAACUGGUGAACGUCAGUUUCAGGAGGCAAUCAUCAAUACAAUCGCUGAAUUCGCUAAAAAUCUACCAGAUACACAAAAGAUUGAAAUACUGAAAUUUAUAUUGAAUUUUGAACCUAUGGUGAAUUAUCAUCCAGAAUAUGGUGAUCGACCGAAACCCUUAAUUAUGGUCCUGUUGCAAACUAUGCUAACUGUUGCUACCCAAUAUAAAACAGUGGCUAUAUCGAAUGCAUUAAAUUCCGAUUUCUUGAAUCUUUUAUUACGUGGUGUUGCGAUUGAUCCAGAUCCUGUGAUACGUAUAAUUGUACAGAAAAUAUUGCACACUUUAAUUGAUCGACAUGGGAAUACAGAACAACUAUUAACUGUUCGAAUCUAUGGUGAAAAUGAGUUGCGUAAUUACUUCAUCCUUGAAAAGCCUGAAAGACAAGAUAUUCUUUUUAUGAAAAAGACUGGUGUGCUGUUCAUUGAAAAUAUUUAUCAUCAGUUAUUGGAUCCUACUAAUAAAGUUGAUAACUUAGAAUAUCUGUCAUGUACUGUUGGUUUAGUUGCAUUGGAAAUGGGUGCAGAACAGGUUAUCACAGAGUUGUUUCGUUUAAUAUUAGCCGUUCAAACUAAAAUUAUCGACGAGAAUACAUAUAUGCCAUUGACGCAUCGAUGCGCUUUACACGCUUUACUAGCUAGUACAAUAUCAUUAAUUGUCCAAUUAAUUAAUCUUCAAUCGCUUAGUGAACAUAUUUAUACUGUUAUUCAACGUAGACGGGAUACAUCGCCUUGGUUAUUACCGUCGGUUGCAUUUAAUAGGACGAACACUGUUGACAGCUAUCCAAGUGAAUUUGAAAUUAACGAUGAUUUAUUAUUUUCAUCAGUUAAAAUAACUGAAUCCUUAUCCAAUUCUGGUUAUGAUGUGACUGUCUUGUCAAUACCAUAUAAUCCAAUCUAUCUACGAUUAUAUGAUACUGGUCCACGGGAUCCAUUAGUCGAUGGAGCAUUGAAUAUGCGAUCAGGUGGUGGUGGUGGUGGGAUUGAUCACUCGAAUUAUCCAACUGAUUAUUAUUAUAAUGAACAGAAGAAUUCACUUGUUGGCGAUCAAAUCAUAGCUGGUCGUCUUAAUGCAGUUUAUCUGGAUGGAUUGUCGCAUAGUCGUAAAAGUAGUCAAAAUGGGGUAGGCUUUGCUCAGUCUGGCAGCAGUUUUUCGCUAACCGACAGUCUAUAUUCCGUGGCCGAUUCGGUGAAUAUGGUGGAUGAAUUUUUAUCUUUCAAGAAUAUGCGUAAACUAAUCACUGAAGGUGAAGACCCUCAAAAAGUGCCUAAACUACGUGAAGAUGAUCGUCUACUAGUUGGAGGUUUUAAUCCAUCUGAAUUCAAUGAAGUCUGUGCUCAACAGCGUGAAAAAGCACAUUCAGUACGAGCACAUAUGGCUGAAGUUUUCGAUGAUAUCUCCUAUGAAUUAUAUCCACACGAGGUCACGUUGAAUGGACCAAAAAGGAUUCAAGGACGUGAAAAUAAUUCUCUCUUUUUAAAUGAAUCCGGCAAUAAAUCAACAUCAGAACAAGUGAAUACAAAUAUGAAUUCAUCUAUCACUAAUAGUAUUGUUGGUGGUAUUGGUAAUUCUGCAACAAAAGUGUCUAAAAAAGCCAAUAAGGCUAAUAGUAAUAAUAAUAAUAGUAAUCAAGCUGUAUGGGAACGUGAUUUCACUUCAUUGUUUUUUGUUUAAUUCCUGCUGUUCAACUGAAUCCCUUCGGUCUCAUCUUCAUAUUCCUCCAGUUCGAUUCACAAUUCAAUUGUUCAUUUAGCACUUGUCUCCUGAUACACACAUCUCUCUGUCCCUAUAUUGUUAGGAUUCCUGUUUCUUUCUCUAAUUAGUUAUAUAUACAUAUGCAUUACUCUUAUUGGCAGAAUUCAUUCUUCAGAAAGUGCCACAAAAAGGAAAAACAGACCAAUGAAACUUUCCAGUUAACUGAAUUAUUGUCUGAGAAAACAUAAAGUAAAUUGUGUAUACUUUAAUAAUUAUUGCUGCACCACACACACACACGCAGACAACGAAAAUAUUUGUCGUUAUUACCUUGACUCUCUCUUUAUUAUCAUCAUCACUGCUAUUGUUAUUCUCAUUAUUAAUAUAAUUAUCACGACUAUAGGAACAUUGAAUACAAUGUCCAACCUUGGUUUAAAUGACUGUGAUUUGUCUUUAGUGAAUAAAUAUAUAAAUAACUAUUUAUUUAUUUACUUAUGUAUUUGUUUAUUUUACUAUUCCUUCAACGAUUUGUUCACACUCUAUGUGCUUGUACAAAAAAAUGUUUGUUAAAAACAACAGAUGUGUAGACCUGCUAGUUUCCUCCUCAUUCCCUACUUCUUCCUGUUCUUAUUGUUAUUAUUAUUAUUAUUAUAUAUCAUGAAAAUUACAACCGCUUCUUAGGAUUAAAGUGUGAUUGCCUCGCAUUGUUUAAUAUCGUUUAUUGUAAUUAUCCACUAUCCUUUCACAUGUUCUCUUUUAUUUUCUUCAAGAGACAAUUCAUUUCUGUCCUAUUUUUACUGCCAUUUUCUCCCUGUUUUAAUUUUCUCUCUCUUUCUCAUAAUCUGACCGCCUUGCGCGCAAGUAUCUUUCCUCCAUUUGUGUUAUUGUUUUGUGUGUUGUAGUGUGUGCUUCACCACCUUAGCCACCUCUUUUCUUGUUUUCCUGUUAUGUGCAUACAAAUCUCUUGUAUAUACUGUGAACACCGGACUUACACAAGCCUAAUCCUCAGAGUAAAGUGUGUUUAUACAAAGUGAAAAGUUAUACAAUACAUCUUGUCCGAUUGAUUAUUGAUACCCCUG